CUUAGCCCUCCUCCUCCUCUCGCUGGCUCUCUUCAGUAUUAUAUGUUUAUAGGCAUUGGCUGAGAGCGAGCGUGCAGUAUAGCUGCUCCUGCUUGAUAAGGAAAGGAAGAGGAGAGGGCGCUGGACGUCAUGGCAUCCAAAGACACCGUCGCAACUGCUUUUCUCACCGUGAGUCGGGAAAUGACAGAGAGCAUCAGACGAGUUAUUGACAAGACAUCAAUCAAGCUGGUGAGAGCUAUCAAAGUAGAGAACAAGAAUGGCAAAUCAGAAGAUCGGAUUCUGGUUUUGGCAACAUGGCGGCUAUACCUCAUGGUCCCCAAGAUACCAACCAAGGUGGAACAAACGUUCAACUUCCUGGAGAUUCGGGCACUGAACACCCACCUGGAUAAUCAAGUUGUCAUAGAGACAGACAAGUCCACAUAUUCCCUGAAGCUGCAGUCUAAUGACCACCUAGAUCAGCUGAUUAGCCACAUCAACUUUGCUCUCUCUAGGAUCUUCAACAACUCCAUCUACACCCCCUCCAUCUUUCACGCAGAUGGAGAUGUUACUGACGGAAAUCUGAAAUUUUCUCCCAGCUCUGAGAGUUCAGUGGAGACGCAAAGGGCAUGUGGGGGCUUUUCUGAGACAUAUGCAGCUCUCUGUGAUUACAAUGGCAUCACCUGUAAAGAGGAAGUGCAAUGGGAUGUGGAUACCAUCUAUCAUUCGCAGGACAACAGAGAGUUUAACCUGCUGGACUUCAGUCAUCUGGAAAGCGGGGACCUUGCGGUGAUUGUGGCGGCCAUGGCGUAUAACUCAUGGUUCACCAAACUUUAUUGCAAAGACUUUCGCAUUAGUUCAGAAGUCGUAGAACAGAUUCUGCACACUGUCAGUAAAUCCAGCAGUCUGGAGGAGCUCACGCUAGAAAACGUGGGCCUUAAAGCAGAUUUCCCACAGAAAAUGGCCACUGCCCUGUCAGAAAACCCAGCAUCAGUCAUACACUCCAUUAACUUGGCCCACAAUACACUGGACAACCAAGGGGUGUCUAACCUUAUCCAGCAGGUGUGUCGGCUCAGUAAAGGCUUGCGUCUACUUAACCUCUCCAAGACCUCGCUCUCUUCGAAGGGUGUCACGUCUCUUUCUCAGGCCCUGUGCUCCAGUGAUGACUACUCCAACUCUCUUCUUCAUCUGGACCUGAGUAAGAACCCAGGAAUUCUGUCUGGAGAGGAUGCAAUGAAUCUGUACCUUUUCCUGGCACAGCCGAACUGCCUGGUGCAUUUGGACCUGUCAGGCACUGACUGUACCGUAGACUCUUUAUUUGGAGCUCUGUUGCGGGGCUGCUGUGCUGAUCUCUCCUACUUGAACCUGUCCAAAAACUCCUUCUCUCACAGGAAAGUGAGAGAGACACUUCCUUCCUUCCGUCAGUUCUUCAGUUCAGCAUUCAGCCUCACUCACAUCAGUCUGGCGUCUAUGAAGAUGCCUCCCGACGUGCUGAGGGCUCUGUUCUUUGGGCUUUCAUCCAAUCCUCACAUCACUGACCUACACCUGGACAUCAGCGGCUGUGAGCUCAGGUCUGCUGGAGCAGGGAUAAUACAGGACCUGUUCCCCAGAGUCUCCUGCAUCAGCACACUGGACAUCUCAGACAAUGGGCUGGAUGCUGAUCUUCUCUGUGUAAUUCCUGCCUUCUCCAGACACCCGUCCCUCAAACACCUGCUCCUGGGCAAGAACUUUAACAUCAAGGGCAGGGUUCUGGAUGAGGUUCUGCAGAAACUAGUGCAUCUUGUGCAGGAGGAAGAGUGUGUCCUGCAGAGUUUGUCUCUGGCUGACUCCAGGCUGCGUUCGAGGGGCACGGUGCUUGUGAACGCCCUCGGCAGCAACGCCUGCCUGAAGAAGGUGGAUUUGAGCGGGAAUGGGCUCGAUGACACAGGAGCAAGAAUGCUUAGUAAAGCUCUGCAGAUCAACACCACACUUAGGAGUGUGACGUGGGAUCGAAAUAACACAAGUGCUACGGGUUUCCAAGAUGUGGCUCGAGCCCUAGAACAUAACUUCACUCUGCAGUACAUGCCUAUCCCGCUCAGUGAUGUCACACAAGCAUACCGUAGCGCCCCCGAAAGGACAGAACAGGCACUAACCAAGAUCCAGAGAGCUUUGUUAAGGAAUAACCAGACUCAGCGUUUCUCUCAGAAACAGGCGCUUCGGUUGCAUCAGGGCCUGGUCACUAGUACCGCAGAACAGGUGAUGGAGCGUCUGUGUGUGCGCGUGCAGCAGCAGGUGUGUGUGUUGAGAGGAACAGGUGAAGGGGAAGAGCUACAGGCUGCCAGGCAGGUCCUCAAGGAGGCCAGGAACUCUCGAGCUCUGUACCCCUCGCUGUGUGAGCUGGCCCACGUGCUGUCAGUGGACGGUCCGGUGAGACAGAGGCUGGACUCUCUGGCUGGAGAACUCGCCAAAGCAGCUGAUAAAGAACUACAGGUCAUUGUGGACUCCAUGGUGUCUCUGUGCCGGGAGCUAUGUCCGCUUUCUUGUGCCGCAGCGGAGUGUCUCUCUCCUCCCCUCUCCUCCAUCUCUGAGCGAGUGUCCAUCCCUCGUUCGUCCAUCCGCACUGCUCUGAUGGAGAGAGCAGCUCAGGACAUCAACAGAGCUCUGGAGGAGGUCAAGCUGUCUGUGGUCUCAUAUCUCACUAACUCCAUUGUGGACCAGAUCCUACAGGAGCUUUAUGCCACACACAAAACCCUGCUCCGGCAGGUUUCACAGAUGAGACGGCUGGAAGAUGGGGGAACAGCCAGGCGCACACACAGACAUGCUGACAUACUGGAUGUUGUGGAGGAUGACUUUGGCAUCAGCAUAGACACAAUCGCCAUUAAAAAACGCAGCUCCAGGACCAGACGCAUUCGUCCCGUGUCCAACAGACUCAGUCUAGGUGAUGACCCCAACUCUUCACCUUUAGUGUCCACUCCUCAGACAUCUGCUCCCCUUUCACGCUCAGCAUCAUGGGAAGGUCUGUCCACCCUGCCCACACAAGGUUCACCUCUGCGUCAUGUGACCCAUGUCAGACCGCGUCCACCACGAAGGCACAGGACUCCACACGCUCCUUUUGAGACACACUGCUCGGAGAAUGGAGGAGUAUCUCUACUGGAUGAUGGACUGCCUGACUUCUACACCAAGAGAGUUUUACCAGAUAGUCAGCUGUCAUCCCACCAUCACGCUCAGGCUCUGAGGAGGAAGAAAAGACGCAGUGUGUUGUCAAUUUUUUCUGGAUUCAGAAAGAACCGAAACUCGACCAUAUCAUAUCAGGAGCCAGACCCUACAGGAAGGGGCGGGGCCUGUGGGGAGGAAUGUCGCACUAAUAUCGCCACUGAGAAUGUGUACUCCUUGAAUCAACACCCAAAGGAUCGUGGGAGGUUAGACCUAGACACUGAGGGCACCAAUGGGAGGCUGGUAGGGCCUGGUGUUCAGAGGACCCCUCAGCUCUCAGCACGGCCCGUUCAGGGUAUACCCCGGCCGGGAAUGAUGGGAAUUAGCCCCUCUUGCUUCUCACAGAGACAGUCACCUGAUUACAGUGAGGUGUUCGGCUCAUCAGAAGAGAUUGGAUACAAAGAGCAUGAGAUGGACCGGCAUUCAGAUAUCAUUUCUAAAAGGCACACACCAUCUCUAGACAGACAGUCAGAAUCAGGAAGACAAGAAUCACAGUCAGACAGCCAGAAAAAGGCAGACAAUAUAAUGGACCCUCAGCUGCUGGAAACCAGAAAAAGACCCGAGCCGCCACCUCAGAGCACCAAGCCGAGCUUGGCUAAGACACGGCAGUGCCAUCUGGAGGAGAGCUCUGAUAAAUCUACUGAGGAUUCUGGAGAACUGAGGGAGAAGGAUGAAGAAAAAGAAGACAGGAGACAUGGAGAAGACCAAAAACCAGAAGGACAGACUCCACCCAUCCCUGAAAAGCCAUGCUAUUAUUCACCUCACACGUCUCCCAUUGGCUCCUCAACACAAGACGUGGCCAAUGAGAAUCAGCCUCCAGCUGCUCCGCCCCCCUCUGCUAAGCCUGUGUUUCAUUCUGCUUCAGUAGAUUCUGCAUUGCUUCAAGGUGACGAAGUCAAAAGCAGCCCUGGAGGUCCCAUGAAACCAUAUCGAAACAGGAAAGCAAACUCGUGUGACACAGGAAUGGAGCAGGAUACCCGCAGUGAUCUGGAAAGAUCCUCAGAUCGCAAACCCCCUGUGAAAAAACCUAGACUCCCUCCAAAACGAAAUAUGUCCUUGGAUUUCCCCGGUCAUCAGAGUUCGGAGCCAAGCAAUGCUGAAGCGUCAUGACAACCAUUUGAGCCAAAGCUCUGUGAAAACAGAGGGUCAUUGUGAUGCUGAGAGGAGAGAGAGGGAGAGAUAUGAUCAGAUGAAUUUGCACCUUGAUGAAUUCAUAAAGACUCUUGCUUUCUUUUGCAUAUUCUUGCUUACUCAAGUGAGUCAUUUUGCAUCCCCUCCUGCUUUUACUUAACCAUCAUUCUCAACCUUCUGCACUUAACUACGAUUCCUUUAUUUCACUCUCUCUCUCCGUCUCUCCCUCUCAGUCUUCUGACAAUCUUUGAAAUAAAGGAACUUUUUGCUACAGUAUUUACCUUUAAAACCAUAGAAUGAUAUUUUGUAAAGUAUAAUAUAUAACCAGAACCAAUAUUUGCACUAAUCAUUGCUUGAAUUCUCAUUUGGUUUGGUGGAUGUACCUCCCUCUCAUGUCCGGCGUUACCCACGUGAAGUUUUGUAGUGUGUGACAAACUUAUUCUUAUCAUUUUCUGUCUACUCGAUCAAUAUCAUUAGCAGUAUUACUGUUGUCUUAAUCAGGCAUUGUUUAUGCAACUGGAUAAAUGUCUAAGAGUUUGCUGGCCAUAAAUGAGCUUUAUUUUCUACUAAAUGUGAUUGAAUGAAUAAACACUGAAUAUUACAGUUA